AUGUCUUCUUCAGAUAUCGACAACCUCGUCGACAUGGGCUUCGACCGCGAAAAGGCAACCCUUGCCAUGAAGAAGGCAGGCAANCUGUGCGUACCACCUGACCACUCAGCCCUGGUCUUUGUCAACCUUACUUACAAUCUUCUAGUGGGAGCUGCUGUCGACUGGCUCAGCAACAAUGCCGAUAAAUCCAUCGAGGACCUCAAAGAGGACGAGGGCGAAGAAGAGUCGCCCUUGUCGUUACAGCCUGGCGAGCAAGCCAGAAGUCUGCUCUGCAAAGACUGUGGCAAGAAGUUCCGCUCGACUGCUCAAGCCGAGUUCCAUGCCAACAAGACGUAUGCCGCCUCAUCUUCCUUGCCACCAACAUCCACGCUAACGUUCUGUCGUUCAGUNGAGCACCAGAACUUCGAAGAGUCUACCGAAGAGAUCGCCCCUUUGACCGAGGAAGAGAAAGCUGCAAGACUCACAGAACUGCGUGAGAAGCUCGCCGCCAAACGUGCCGUCCAAUCCGAGCAAGACAAGGAAGACAAGAAGCGCAAUGAUCAAAUCCGUCGCAAGGCCACAAAGGAACAACAGGACAUCAAGGAGGAUCUGGCCAAGAAGGAACAGAUCAAGGAAGCCGAGGCCAAGAGACGUGAGAAGCAAGCCGACAUCGAAGCUAAGAAGCGCAUUCAGGCAAAGAUUGCUGCAGACAAGGAAGAGCGCCGCCUCAAGGCUGAAAGAGAGAAGGCCGCUCGCGCUGGCGAGUCUGCUGUUGCCGCCGAUCCUACACCAGCCGCAAAGCCUACCUUGCCCAAGACUGCCGGAAACUACACGGAAGCAAGACUACGACUCCAGACAUCUGCUGGCACAGUUCAGAAGACCUUCUCUGUUGAGACGACACUCUUCGAAGUUGCUCAAGCACUCAGCCAGGAACCUGGUGUUCAAGUUUCCGAGUUUGUGCAAAACUUCCCAAAGAAGGUCUAUGACAGUUCAGACUUUGGUCAGACACUGAAGGAGGCUGGGCUUGUUCCAAGCGCUGCCCUAGUUGUCAGAUGA